AGAGACGAGGAAGAGGACGACGACGACGACGACGACGGCAACAUGAAAGAACCCAAAUCGUCCGGCCAGUUGAUGCACGAGUGGGGCCUGGAAGACGUCCAGUACGGCUUCUCCGAGGACGACUACAAGACCAUCACCAACUACAAGGCCUUCAGCCAGUUCCUCAGGCCUCUCAUUGCCAAGAAGAACCCCAAGAUCCCCAUGUCGAAGAUGAUGACGGUGCUGGGCAAGUGGCGCGAGUUCAGCGCCAACAACCCGUUCAAAGGCGCCUCCGCCACCGCCGUGGCCGCCGCCGUGGCCGCCGCCGUGGAAACGGUCACCGUGGCGCAGCCGCCGGCCGCGAGCGGCAGCCCGCCGGGCCCCCAGCCGGGGCCGCAAAAGGCCAAAACCAAAGAGGGAAAAGGACCCGGAGUGCGGAAGAGGAGCAAGUCCGCCAAGGACGCCAAGAAGAAAAGCAAGCCGAAGAAGACCAAAUCGAAGGCGGGCGCGAGUGUGAAGAAGAAGAAAGCCUCCUCGAGUGAGGAGGACUUCCUGGAGGAGUCUGACUUUGAUGACAUCAGCAUCCACAGCGCCUCCGUGCUGUCUGACACCUCGGGGGCCGCCACCAAGAAAAUGGCCCGCCGCGGGCGCAAGAAAAGGAAAAAGGAGGACGGCGACGGCUACGAGACGGACCACCAAGACUACUGCGAGGUGUGCCAGCAGGGCGGCGAGAUCAUCCUGUGUGACACCUGCCCCCGGGCGUACCACCUGGUCUGCCUGGACCCCGAGCUGGAGAAGGCCCCCGAGGGCAAAUGGAGCUGUCCGCACUGCGAGAAAGAGGGCAUCCAGUGGGAGGCCAAAGACGAGGAGGAGGAGGAAGAGGAGGAGCCGGCGGGCGAGGAGGAGGACGACCACAUGGAGUUCUGCAGAGUGUGCAAAGACGGAGGCGAGCUGCUGUGUUGUGACACCUGUCCGUCUUCCUACCACAUCCACUGCCUCAACCCGCCUCUGCCCGAGAUCCCCAACGGGGAGUGGCUGUGUCCCCGCUGCAUGUGCCCUCCCCUCAAAGGGAAGGUCCAAAAGAUUCUACACUGGACGUGGGGAGAACCGCCGCUGCCGGCCGAGCCGCCCGACGGCCCCGACGGGAGGCCGGCCGACCCGCUGGCCAACCCGCCGCCCAAGGGCCGCCCGGAGAGGGAGUUCUUCGUGAAGUGGGCCGCCCUGUCGUACUGGCACUGCUCCUGGGUCAGCGAGCUGCAGCUGGAGCUGUACCACACGGUGAUGUAUCGCAACUACCAGCGCAAGAACGACAUGGACGAGCCGCCGCCCUUCGACUACGGCUCCGGCGAGGAGGAGCUCAACAACGAGAAGAGGAAGAGCAAGGAUCCCCAGUACGCCGCCAUGGAGGAGCGCUUCUACCGCUACGGCAUCAAACCCGAGUGGAUGGUCAUGCACCGGAUCAUCAACCACAGUUUUGAUAAGGACGGCGAUGUGCACUACCUGAUCAAGUGGAGAGACCUGCCCUACGACCAGUGCACCUGGGAGGUGGAUGACUUUGACGUCCCGGACUACGAGACCCAUAAAGCCACUUACUGGGACCACAGGGAGCAAAUAGUAGGGGAGGACCAACGCCCCCUGGUGGUGAAGAAAGGAAAGAAACUCAAAGAGGACCACCAGAAGAGGGAGGUCCCUCCUGAUGCGCCCAUCAUAGAUCCAACCAUCAAGUUUGAGCACCAGCCGUGGUACAUCAACGCCACGGGGGGGACGCUGCACCCGUACCAGCUCGAAGGCCUGAACUGGUUGAGGUUCUCCUGGGCUCAGGGCACAGACACCAUCCUGGCCGACGAGAUGGGCCUCGGCAAGACGGUGCAGACCAUCGUGUUCCUCUACUCGCUCUAUAAGGAGGGUCAUUCCAAGGGCCCCUACCUGGUGAGCGCGCCCCUCUCCACCAUCAUCAACUGGGAGAGGGAAUUUGAGUUGUGGGCUCCGGAUUUCCACGUGGUCACGUACACCGGAGACAAGGACAGCCGGGCGAUCAUCCGGGAGAACGAGUUCACCUUUGAGGACAGCGCCGUGAAAACAGGCCGCAAGGUGUUUCGCAUGAAGAAAGACACGCCCAUCAAGUUCCACGUGCUGCUGACGUCCUACGAGCUCAUCACCAUAGAUCAAGCCAUUCUGGGCUCCAUCACCUGGGCCUGCCUGGUGGUUGAUGAGGCCCACAGACUGAAGAACAACCAGUCGAAGUUUUUUAGAAUCCUCAACGGGUACAAGAUCUACUACAAGCUGCUGCUCACUGGGACUCCUCUUCAGAACAAUUUGGAGGAGCUGUUCCACCUGCUCAACUUCCUCACCCCAGAGCGCUUCAAUAACCUCGACGGCUUCCUGGAGGAGUUCGCCGACAUCUCGAAGGAGGACCAGAUCAAAAAGCUGCACGACCUGCUGGGCCCUCACAUGCUCAGAAGGCUCAAGGUGGACGUCUUCAAGAACAUGCCUUCAAAGACAGAGCUGAUCGUCAGAGUGGAGCUCAGCCCCAUGCAAAAGAAAUAUUACAAGUUUAUUUUGACGCGGAAUUUCGAGGCUCUGAACUCCAAAGGUGGAGGGAACCAAGUGUCCCUGCUCAACAUUAUGAUGGACCUGAAGAAGUGCUGCAACCAUCCCUACCUGUUCCCCGUGGCUGCCGUGGAAGCACCUGUGCAAUCCAACGGCUCGUAUGAUGGGAACCAGCUGGUGAAGUCCUCAGGAAAACUGACGCUGCUUCAGAAAAUGCUGAAGAAGCUCAAAGAUGAAGGACACAGAGUCCUCAUCUUCUCUCAGAUGACGAAGAUGCUGGAUCUGCUUGAGGAUUUCCUGGAGUUCGAGGGUUAUAAAUAUGAACGCAUUGAUGGGGGCAUCACUGGAGGCCUCAGGCAGGAGGCCAUUGACCGCUUCAACGCACCGGGCGCUCAGCAGUUCUGCUUCCUGCUGUCCACGCGGGCCGGAGGCCUCGGCAUCAACCUGGCGAGCGCCGACACCGUCGUCAUCUACGACUCCGACUGGAAUCCUCACAACGACAUCCAGGCUUUCAGCAGAGCGCAUCGCAUCGGGCAAAACAGGAAGGUGAUGAUCUACCGCUUCGUGACGCGGGGCUCAGUGGAGGAGCGCAUCACUCAGGUGGCCAAGAGGAAGAUGAUGCUGACCCACCUGGUGGUGCGGCCCGGCCUCGGCUCCAAAACGGGCUCCAUGUCCAAACAAGAACUGGACGACAUCCUCAAGUUCGGCACCGAGGAGCUUUUCAAAGAUGAGAUGGAGGCCGCGCGGGCCAUGGGCGACAACAAAGAGGGGGAGGAGGGCAAUGUGAUCCACUACGACGACGACGCCAUCUCCAAGCUGCUGGACCGCAGCCAGGACGCCACCGAAGACACGGAGAUCCAGAACAUGAACGAGUACCUGAGCUCCUUCAAGGUGGCUCAGUACGUGGUGAAAGAAGAGGACGGAGAGGAGGAGCCGGAGCGGGAGAUCAUCAAGCAGGAGGAGAACGUGGACCCGGACUACUGGGAGAAGCUCCUUCGGCACCACUACGAGCAGCAGCAGGAGGAUCUGGCCCGCAACCUCGGCAAAGGCAAACGCAUCCGGAAGCAGGUCAACUACAACGACACCACCCAGGAGGACCAAGAGUGGCAGGAUGAUCUUUCAGACAAUCAGUCGGAGUACUCCGUGGGGUCCGAGGACGAGGACGAAGAUUUCGAGGAGCGGCCUGAAGGUGGACGCAGACAGUCUCGUAGGCAGAUGAAGAAUGAGAAGGACAAACCCCUGCCGCCCCUGCUGGCACGAGUCGGGGGAAGCAUCGAGGUCCUGGGGUUCAACGCCCGCCAGAGGAAGGCCUUCCUCAACGCCAUCAUGCGCUGGGGAAUGCCGCCUCAAGACGCUUUCAACUCGCACUGGCUGGUCAGAGACCUGAGAGGGAAGAGCGAGCGCGAGUUCAGGGCCUACGUGUCUCUGUUCAUGAGGCAUCUAUGUGAGCCGGGGGCGGACGGAGCAGAGACCUUUGCCGACGGAGUCCCACGCGAGGGGCUGUCUCGUCAGCAUGUCCUCACCCGGAUCGGCGUCAUGUCCCUCGUCAGGAAAAAAGUGCAAGAGUUCGAGCACGUCAACGGGAAGCUGAGCUCCCCGGAUCUGAUCCCCAUCGGCAUGGAGCUGAAGAAACUGACCGAGAGUUUGUCUUCUGACCCCAACACGCCUGUGCCUGCCAGCCCGGUCGCCACGCAGCCCGGAACGCCCGUCCCCCCAGAGAAGACCGAGUGUCCCCCGGGGGCCGCUGAGGACAAGGACUCCGCGGAGCAAGAUAGCAAGAAACUCUCUGAGCAGGAACAGUCUUCUUCCGGCGCAGAGCCGGCGCCGGGACCCGAGAAAGCACCCGACAGCGAGGAGGGCAAGGCCGGCCCGGAGGAGAGGGACGGAGGCGAGAGGGACGGAGGCGAGUCGCCCUCCGCCCGGACGGAGCCGGCUGCCGUCGGCAGGGAGCCGGCGUCCAGCCGCGCCUCGCCCACAGCGGAUCCCCUCAAAGACGCGCAGAAGCCCUCAGAGAAGGGAGAUGCCGACUCUUCUCUGGCAAAGACUGAAGACAAGGAAAAUAAGCCAGACGAUCUGAAGGGUGACGAUGCGCUAGAGGGCCGUUUGAAUGGGGACAAAGACACUUUGGACGAGACGGAUGAGAGCAGAAAGGAGGACAGAAAUGGAUACAAAGCCAAGUUCAUGUUCAAUAUCGCCGACGGAGGUUUUACAGAGCUGCACACCCUCUGGCAGACGGAGGAGCGAGCGGCGCUGUCUUCCGGAAAGAUGCUCGACAUCUGGCACCGCCGCCACGACUACUGGCUUUUAGCGGGCAUCGUAACGCACGGCUACGCCCGCUGGCAGGACAUCCAGAACGACCCGCGCUACGCCAUCCUCAACGAGCCCUUCAAGACGGAGAUACACAAGGGCAACUACCUGGAGAUGAAGAACAAGUUCCUGGCUCGGCGCUUCAAGCUGUUGGAGCAGGCGCUGGUGAUCGAGGAGCAGUUGAGGCGGGCGGCGUACCUGAACAUGACGCAGGACCCCGGCCACCCGGCCAUGGCCCUCAACACCCGCUUCGCCGAGGUGGAAUGCCUGGCAGAGUCCCACCAGCACCUGUCCAAGGAGUCGCUGGCCGGGAACAAACCCGCCAACGCCGUGCUGCACAAAGUGCUGAACCAGCUGGAGGAGCUUCUGAGUGACAUGAAAGCCGACGUGACCCGACUGCCCAACAUGCUGUCCAGGAUCCCGCCGGUGUCGGCCCGCCUGCAGAUGUCCGAGAGGAGCAUCCUGAGCCGCCUCACCAGCCGAGGCAGCGAGCCCCCGCCGCAGCAGCCUUUUAGCCAGGGGGGGUUCGGCUGCUCCCAGAUGUACAGCAGCAGCUUUGCUGGAGGAUUCAGAGGACCGGGCGGUCAGCCCAUGGUCAACUACAGCCAGAUGCCCCUGGGACCCUACGUCAGCGUGUCCUCUAACGGGCCCCCGCCCCCUUCAAGCCAUCUGGACAAGAAGUCCCUGGACUGCUUGAGAGACGUGAGCACGCCUGACCUCAAGUCGGGCAAACCUAGUGAUGUCAUCUGCAUUGAGGACUAGGCCGGCUCUGUGAGACUGACCCGGGGUCACAAAGCCCCCGGGAUGAGGGAUGGGGGGGGUGGAAUCGAUGUGGACGACAGCCGCCGCCGCGUCCUCCUCUUUCUCCUGCCCCCCUCCCCCUCCUGACUUCAGACCCGACUCUUUUGAUUAAUGCAGGUGUUUCCAUCUUGACGAUUGCACUUUUAUCUCUCCGGGGGGGGGGGGGUCCCGUAGAAAUGCCUCAGCGGGUGUCUGCUUUUUUUCCGUGGCUGGAGGACCAGGACUCUCAUUCCUCCCGGGCCUCGCGUGGCGUACGGGGCCAGGCUCCGGCUGGUUGCCAUGACGAUGGACUUUUGCACGGGGGGGCUCCUCUCCGUUGUGCUCGCAUCAUUCUGCCCGUACGCUGUACACUGUGACUGCGACCCACACGGAGCCCAGGACGCCUUCAGUCAUCGUUGGAUGGGAGAUCGUUUGUUUGUUUCCCCCUCCCCCCCCCCCCCCCCCGAAGGCCAUUAUUGCUACUUUAAAUGAGUAUUUGUUUCGUCAUUCAUGUAGUAACCAGUGGAUAAAAUAUUGAUUUGAGAGCAUUGAAAUCUAUUAUCAUGUAUGCAGUAGCUGUACGCAGUCUGAAUCCUCUAAAGACUUGACACCCACUCGUCAUUUUGAGAAGGCAACCUGUGAGGGGGGGGGGGUUGUUCUUCCUGUACUGUGUAUAUACUCAGAGACUGCUGCUCAUUUUACCUCACACACUUCUAGUAUUGGCGAAACAACUUGGACGGAGGAAAAAUCAGAAGCCCGGCUUGCAGAGACGAAAGAGCUGCGUGGGUCGCGACGCCCCCCCCCGCAUCAUUAAAUGCAUUUCAGAGAAGUAUUUCUGUGUACGGUAGAAUAUCUGUGAUUGUUGUUAUAUUUGAAUGUCCGUAGUGGCUGUAGAGCUUGACCCCCCCCCCCCCCCCUGGGCCGGGGACCAGUGGGACUGCACUAAAGACAGGAGCUCGCCUGGUCCACACAAGCAGGGCUUCAAUGUUCUCACUUACAUCCUUCCCUUCUCCGUUAGAACGGAACCGGAACGUUGAGCUGAACACGGGUCACUUUAAAUUCUGGUUAUUGUCGCGAAAUGAGCUUUUUGUUCGCUUCUCUUUGCGUUGGGGUAAAACUACGACGUGUUCGGUCACUCUGUGCCAUUAAAGAAGAUUAAAAGGAGAAGAUUCAGUAUGAAUAUUUGACUCUCUGCUCCAGAGGAACAAGGUUGCACAGCAUUAACUCUUUAGACGACGUCUCCAUCUCGCUGCCUAUUACUUUGAUGGGGCGAAGACACUUUUGCAUCUUGUCCAUUGCACCUGUUGCUACUACGUGCUAAAGGUGGCGGCGCGCCAUGUGAAGCGGUCUUUUAUAAAUUGAAGCUUACUGCAUUUGCUUUUAUAUGAAGGCAUUGAUCGAAUGUUUGGACUAAAAGUGCCCAGGUUUUAUCUUUUUUUUUUUUUUUUUUCCUCCAAAGACGAGGGGCAUUAACCUGCGUUGUUCCAGCACUCGUUUGUCGGCAUGACGAUAAUCUGAACUGAAGAGGUGGUGUUGUACAGAGUGGGCGAGCGUAUUUUCUUACUCUCCUUUUGCAAACUUCAAAUGGUCGUUCCAAAGGUGGCCAAACCUGCGAAACAAGUUUUUACUGAACGGACCGUGAAGUGCGUCCCGUGCGCUUGUGUCCGCUCUUCUGUUGGUGUUUAAUCAGUGCUGGUUUCCUUCAUCGCGUCAACGUUCCCGCCAUCGAUCGACCGCCACGCGGAACAGGUUGCUCGACAGACAGAACCUCAGAAACAUGUAAAUACUUGAAAGAUUUUUUUUCAUUUUUUUUUUCAGAGAUACGUCUCAUAGAGAUUUAUGUAUCCAACUGGAAGAAAAAUAAAACAAGAUGAAUGACGACGUCGAAAAACACAAAACUCCACAAUGAAAUGCAAUCAAACUGAAGUCAGUAUGAAUGUAAUGGCUGUUAUUAAAAAAAACAAGGCUUCAGUCUAAUAUUAUAAAUAUGUUAACAAUGUAUGUACAUGCUUAUUAACACGGCUUCAGAAGCUACCAAAAGACCCUGAGAAAAGGCACCUUUGCUGCAGCGAAUGCGAAGCAUGUGAAGUGUUUGACGCUUCACUUUGGGGGGGCGGUAGUGUGACAACCAGCUCCCAGCAGUGUUCAUGGUUCCCUUAUUUGUGCUGUAUAGCAUUUGAAUGAUUAACAACAAAAAAAAGUGAAUUGUCAUCUUUUUAUUUGUAUUCUGUGUAUUUGUUCAAUGUGUUUUAAUAAAUCUUCUGGACAACGGUUAA